AUGCGCAACCCGGCCGUAUUGGCCCUAGUGGCCAACUUUGUCUUGCGCGCCGUUAUCGCUUGGUCCGCGCCCGACCAUGCUGCUCCCGCCCAGCAACCUCUCGUGGCCCCCAUCAUGGGAGCAGGCAGUCGGCAAAAACAUGGGAAUGUAUCGGAGGAGCAGGUCUGGCGGCUAAACCUGGAAAGUAUGGGGCAGGAGGAGCGAAAUAUCGCUAGGGAUGUGAUUGAGACGAUGGAUCUGGACAUCUGGCGCUCUGCCCCAUCCUCCCUCGACGUUCGCCUCCCCUCUCAUCAAAUAUCGCACCUCCGCGCCCUUCUCCCCCCUUCGACAAACUUCACCCUCUUUAUCCUCUCAGUGCAGUCCCUCAUCGACUCCUCGUCCAUCUCUCUGUCGGCUCAUACCGCCGAAGACGAGACAUGGAACGUAUCCACCCUUCUCACCCCAUUCCACGACCACUAUCACCCCCUAGCGGACAUGUACCGUUUCGCCGAGGCUCUGGUGGGCGCCUUCAACGGCAAGUCGGUUGGCGACGGAAGGCUCAGGAUGGAGACGUUUGUGAUUGGAAAGACGUGGGAGAAGAUGGAGAUGAAGGGAGUGAGGGUCAAGUGGGUGCCGGAUACUGGUGAAUCGGGUUUGAAGGGAAAGAAGGGGAAAGGAAAGAAAGGGAAGAAGAUAAUCGAGAGGGAGCUGGUCAUCCAGGCUGGGUCUCACGCUCGGGAGUGGGUCGGCCCUUCCUCCGCGAUCUACUUCUUCCACUCGCUCUUGCUGGCCGGAACUGCCGACUCAGAGUCGGACGAGGCGAGCCUCCUGAAAGCCUUCACGUUCACGGUUGUCCCCACGAUCAAUCCGGACGGGUACGAAUACUCCCGGGAACACCGGAUGUGGCGUAAGAAUCGACAGGAUACGGGCAGUCGGACUUGUUCAGGAAUCGACCUAAAUUCGAACUGGGGCUACAAAUGGCGUAAACCCCUCAGACCCAACCCAUGCUCGGAUGCUUACCCCGGCGCGGAUGCGUUCGAGGCGUACGAGACCAAGGCGAUGGCGCGGUAUCUCAAGAAAGGGGUCGAGUGGGCGGAAGAGAAGGGGGAGAAGAAGGGGCCGGAGAGGAAGGUCAGGGCGUUUAUUGAUUUGCACAGUUAUGGGCAAUUGUUCAUGUUCCCCUUUGCGCACUCGUGUGACGACUUCCCGCCCGACGCCGAGAUGCUCAUGGAGGCUGCGCUUGGCGUCGCCAAGGCAAUAAGGGCGGACCACGGCGAGACGUACCAGACCGGUCAGGCGUGCGAGUUGACGUAUCGGGCCCCGGGAGACGCUAUCGAUUACGCGUACGGGACGGCGGACGUCAGGUGGUCAUUCUCCGCCGAGCUACGGGACACCGGCACUUAUGGCUUCCUUUUGCCCCCGCAUCUCAUCCGGCCGGCGGCGGAUGAAAUCACGACGGGAUUGGUACACCUCGCCAAGUUUAUCUAUAACGUCGAGAUUGUCAAUUAG